CCGCUGCUCAGAUCGCACGUCUCGCCCAAGAAGCUACCGUUUCGCUACCGAGAGUUCCGGAGAUCUCAUAACUAUAGUGUGCUAGAGGGUCAAGCUCAUCCCGGUUUUAUCGGGGCACCCAUUGAACCCACUGCUCGGGGAAUUAUUGGAGAGUAAUGCCAGCGAAUGCCAGCACGUCUGGCCAAUUUCGGGCAAUUGGAACGUGAUUUAUGUGGGGCAGCGGUUCCGAUUCCGAUUCAGAGUUCGAGUUCCGCGAGUCCGAGUGGGUCCCUAACGCGAAUUUCGCAGGGUCACAGUGUCGCAGAGUCGCAGUUCCCGAACGGAACCCCGCCAUUGCCGGGUUGAUAAGCGCCGCGAGUGAUAAGCGCCCGGAGCCCGAAGAGGCGCCAAGUCAUAAAUUAAAUCGAAGGAGAAGCGUCCACUGAAUUAGAAAUAGAAAUCGCAAUCUGCAAACGCAAACGACGCUCCGCAUAUCACAAUAAUUAGUAUAUAAUCAUUAAUCAAAGCCAAUAAUAAAAGUAUAAACAGAGUGCCGAAAAAAAUAAUAGAAAUGUCAAAGCGUGCAAGCUUAACCCAUGACAGCCCGGCCCUGGAAUUGGAGCUGCCGCUGCUGGCGCCCCAGGAGCGGAGUCAGCGGCGCAGGAGCGGCAGCGGGACAAUUCCUUUGUGCAUCAUGCACGACACCGGCAAACCGUCCCCUACCAACACCAAACCCACCAGCCCCACCAUCCCGCCCACACAGCAGGCAGCCCGGCCUCAGUCCCCAGCAGCGGCGGCGGAUCCUGCGGACGAUGAGGACGAGACCGACGUAAUCGGCGACCUGAUGGGACACUACGGCAAAUGGCAGCUGCUGAUGACGGUGCUGCUGUCGCUCUUCCAGGUCCCGAACACCUUUCACAUAUCCUCGUCCGUCUACCAGGCGGCCAACAAGGACUUUUGGUGCCAGCGGCCGCCGCAGCUCCAGCAGAUGCCGGUGGAUGUGUGGAGGAAUCUGAGUGGAUCCACCGACAACUGCCAUCGCCGGGAUGGCAUCGAUUGGAGUCGAUUGAGCAAUGAAACUACUUCGCAAUGGGAGUUGCCGCAGGAUGGAAAUGGAAAGUUGGUGGCCUGCGAGAACUGGGAGUACGAGACGCACGACAAUGUGGGCAACACCUGGACAUCGGAGUGGGACCUGGUGUGCGACAAGGAGCACCUGAAGCAGGUGGCCGAGAUGUUCUUCCUGCUGGGCGUGGCAACAGGUGGCAUCAUAUCCGGCUAUUUAUCGGACAAGUUCGGACGAAAAACCAUGCUCUUCAUAUCGGCCGUGCUACAGACCAUAUUCGGUCUCUGGCUGUACAUCUGUAGCUCCUUUGAGCUCUAUCUUACCCUGCGUGCUCUGUUGGGCCUGGUUUCGGUAUCGGUGACCUACUCGGGCCUGAUCCUGGCCAUCGAGUACGUCGACGGAAAGUGGCGGACCAUCGCCGGAAUGUACAACCUGUUUCCACUGCCAAUCUCCUACAUGAUUAUCUCGGGCCUGGCUUAUCUAACGCAGGACUACCAGCGCCUGCAGCUCUGCAUCGGCCUUCCCGGUAUCUUCCUUUGCUUUCUCUGGUUUGUGGUGCCGGAAUCUCCACGCUGGCUUCUCGUCAAGGGCCGGAUCGAUGAGGUGCGGCGGAUAAUUGAGGCGGCCGCCAAAUUCAAUGGCCGGCAGCUGCCCGCCGACUACCAACUGACGCCGCCGACGCAGGAGAGCAGCUCCCAGGACUUCACCUACCUGUUCCGCUCCAGCUACCUGAGGCGCAUCUCCAUCUGUUUCCUCUGCAUCUGGUUCACCAUGAAUCUAGUCUACUACGGCAUUAUCCUCAACAUGAGCUCCUUCGGCGGCAAUGUCUACUUGAAUUCGGCGCUAGCUGGCCUAGUCGAAAUACCCGCCAUCGCCCUGGCCAUGUACAUCAUCACCAAAGUGGGCAAGAAGUGGCUCUUCUGCGCCACUUUGAUCUGUGCCGGCGUCGCCUGCUGCUGCGCGGCGAUCACCGAGGGAAGGGCGGACCUGCUCUGGCUGAAGAUCACAUUCCUGAUGAUGGGCAAGUUCACCAUCAGUGCGGGCAACACCAUCAUGCCGGUGUACACGGCGGAGCUCUAUCCGACGCCCAUUCGCAAUGUGGGUGUGGGUGCUUGCAACGUGGCCGCCGGACUGGCUCUUAUCCUUACACCUUACCUUUCGCUGCUGAACAAGAUUGAGGACCACUUGCUGAUGACCCUGCUGACCGCCUGGAGCAUCUUUGGCGGCGUUGUGGUGCUCUUCCUGCCCGAGACCGCCGUGCGUUCAAAGGCCAGCAACUCGACCCCGGGUCAGGGGUCAGCUCCCCAUCCGAAUGCCAGUGCUGCCAAGCAGGUGUAAUGACCGCUGCUGCUGAUCCCUUGAACUCCCCAAAAUAAACAAAAUAUUUUGGCUGGUCCAAAGUAUGCCGAUGUGAAGUCGUAGAACCGCUGCCUCUGCUCCACCCUUGACCCUUAACCCUUAACCAUUCAACCUGCCACGCCCCUCCGACAUAUCCACCACCUGAAGCCACCUGAAAACUAACGGUAAUCGAUGGGCACAAUGUCCCAGAUUAAUGCCAAUUCGCUAGAGAAUGUCACAUGUCAGGCAGGACCUUUUUUGCGUAGCACGUAGUGAGUAUGUAUCUUAACAAUUAACUAACAAAAAUGGCUUGUAGCUUAUGUCGUAGUCUAAGUACUGAAAAUGAAAACACACGCAACACACACUAACCUCCACACACCCUAAUCCUUCGGUUCUCAUCGAAGUUCAAGGAUAUUUAUGAAUACUACCGAGUGGAGUAAACUGUUAUUUAUUAUUUUGUGAAUCGGAAGAUCUUUUAAUUACAAUCCAAUUUAUUUUAUUUUCGUAAUUAUUUUAAUGAGAUCUAUUUGGGCAAUUUUAUUGUUUUCGGCAAAUAAAUUGUCGAAUUGUCUUGUUACAAAGAAUUGUUAGAUACUUUGGCCGCUUUUAUUAAAUGCAAGAAAGAGUUAAAAAUUUAAAGAAUUGCACCCCGAAUAGAGAGCUAUACUCUCGGAGACCCAAAACACAAACAGACCGAACAAAAAUACAAAUUAUAAUCUUGUCAAUAAGUCUUGUCAAUAUCUCAGCGUACACACAUAAUCUCGUCGUUGUCGUUGUCGUCUUCUUGUUGUCUAUUAAUAAAUGUUUUCCAAUUACGAGAUCCAUAAGAAGCAAAUAUAUGGUAUGAAGCAAAACUCUUCCAGACUCAGAUUUAGAUGCAGCCGGUUGAAAAUUGUAAUCUCUAGUAAUCGUAGUCAAUUAAUCCUUAGUCUCCCCGUACUGUAUGCUUAUAUACAACAUGAGAUCAGUCACUAAGAAUCGGUCAAUUAUGGAUUUGAUUUGUAUAUACAUAUGUAUGGCAUGAAGGAAACCAGAGUUUUAUCGCUUAGAGUCAUCAGAGUCAAAGGAUACUAUAAAUAUAUAUAAUUAUAUAUGUAUAUGAAAUGAACAAGAUAAAUUUCCAAUAUAAUGCAUUUAACAAUGUAUACAAUUAUGUGUAUAUGGAUAUGUGUGCGUUUGUAUAUGUAUUGUAGUAAAAAAUAAUAAUAACAAUCAAAUUAGAAACACACAAAACUGUUGAAUUACUUGUUGUACUUACCAGCCUUAAUUGUUUUUUGUCCCCAUUUGUAUUUUGUAUUAUUUGUCAUAAUUUUAUUUCGCCUAUUUUAUGUUAUAUAUAAUAUUUAACUUCCGUUGCCCACUGUACUUACCUGUUAAGAUCAGAUCAGCUUCGUUACGUAUUCGUUAAUGAUUAAGAGAUUUUUUAGGCUUCAAAAUAAAUGUAAUGCCCGAAUCUAAAGUGAAAUUAUUUGUUAAGUUGGACUAGAGAUCACUGGAAAUAUAUAUUUGAGUAAGUUUACGAAAAUUGUUGUAAAUCAAAAUUACCAAAGCAAAUGCAAUUAUAGUGUCAAAAUAAAAUAUAUAAAUAAAUAAAA